GAUUAAUUGUGUUUCUCUUCUAACGCACAGAUGACAGCGUAACCGGGGCAAGUAAGCUGUUCAGAUACCCAAACACAGCCGCUUUGUUGAGUAGGAUCUGUUGUGACUGGACAUGAAUUCGGCGGAACAGACGGUUACAUGGUUGAUUACGCUCGGGGUGCUGGAAUCGCCGAAGAAGACCAUCUCGGAUCCCGAAGCUUUCCUGCAGACCUCCCUGAAAGAUGGGGUGGUCUUGUGCAGGCUGCUGGAGCGGCUCAGCCCGGGGUCCACGGAGAAAAUUUACCAAGAGCCGAAGAACGACGGCGAGUGCCUGAGCAACAUAAAGGAGUUUCUCAAGGGCUGCACAUCGUUCCGCGUCGAGCCGUUCGAAGCCAGUGACCUGCUGCUGGGACUUAACUUCUCAAAGGUGCUGAGCAGUCUGGUGGCUCUGAAUAAAGUGACUGCAGAUAUUGGCGUGGGUAGUGAUUCAGUGUGUGCCCGACACUCUUCAGCCCACCGCAUCAAGUCGUUUGAGUCACUGUCCUCUCAGGCUUCGCUGGGCCGAUCCUCCAAGCUGCUGCAGAACCAGUUUCGCAGUCUGGACAUGUCAGAAAACAGCGGACAGCAGUUGCUGGUAAAGGCACGUUUCAACUUCCAGCAAACCAACGAGGAUGAGCUCACCUUUGCUAAGGGUGACAUCAUCAGUGUGACUCGUCAGGAGGAGGGCGGCUGGUGGGAGGGGAUGCUCAAUAGCAAGACUGGGUGGUUUCCUAGCAACUAUGUGCGCGAAGUCAAAGGCUCUGACAAACAAGUGUCCCCCAAGUCUGGCACCCUUAAGAGCCCACCUAAAGGCUUUGACACUUCUGCAAUCAGCAAGACGUACUAUAACUUGGUGUUGCAAAACAUUUUAGAAACAGAGACAGAAUAUUCCAAGGACCUUCAGAGCCUGCUGACGAACUAUCUGCGACCUCUUCAGAGCAUUGACAAACUGAGCAGCUCGGACGUGGCUCUGAUUCUGGGAAACCUCGAGGAGAUCAGCACCUUCCAGCAGAUGCUCGUCCAAUCACUGGAGGAGUGCACCAAGCUUCCAGAAAGCCAGCAAAGGGUGGGGGGCUUCUUCCUCAACCUCAUGCCACAGAUGAAAGCUCUUUAUGUCGGUUACUGCUCCAACCACCCCUGUGCAGUUAAUGUGCUCACCCAGUACAGUGAAGUAUUGGGGGAGUUUAUGGAGGGAAGGGGUGCAGUCAGCCCUGGGAUCCUCACCCUGACCACAGGCCUCAGUAAACCCUUUAUGAGAAUUGACAAAUACCCCACCUUACUCAAAGAGCUGGAGAGGCACAUGGAGGAGAGUUAUCCUGACAGGCCAGACAUUCAGAAGUGUAUGGCGUCUUUCAAAAAUCUCUCUGCUCAGUGCCAGGAGGUGCGGAAGCGUAAGGAGCUGGAGCUGCAGAUUCUAACUGAGUCCAUUCGGCUGUGGGAGGGGGAUGACAUCAAGACCCUGGGCUCCGUGCUUUACAUGAGCCAGGUCUUAGUUCAGAGUCCUGGCUCAGAGGAGAAGAGUGAGCGUUACCUCAUGCUCUUCCCCCACGUCCUCCUCAUGUUGUCUGCCAGCCCAAGGAUGAGUGGAUUCAUAUUCCAGGGAAAAUUGCCCCUGGCCAGUAUGACAGUGACCAAACUAGAAGACUGCGAAGCCCAUAAAAAUGCUUUGGAGCUCAGUGGCACAAUGUUUGACCGUCUCCAUGUGGUGUGCACCAACCACCAGGACCUGCAGGACUGGGUGGAACACCUGACCAGACAGAUCAAACACACUACUGCCACAGCACCCAGCCACAAACCACUCACUGUUCCCUGCCACACGCUCCCGUCUCACCCCCUCACCCCAUCCCGGCAUGCUGAAGGGAGGGCCAUGACAGUGGCCCCCACAUACCACACUCUGCCCCACCCCUCCUCCCAUGGAACAUCUCACAGCACCAUGAUGUGGGGUCCACUGGAGCCACCCAACACCCCCAAACCCUGGAGCCUGAGCUGCUUGCGGCCCGCACCCCCACUCCGGCCCUCUGCUGCCCUCUGCUACAAGGAGGAUCUUAGUAAAAGUCCUAAGAGUGUGAAGAAACUCCUUCCCAAACGCAAACCUGAGAGAAAACAGUCUGAGGAGGAAUUUGCCUUGAGGAAGAGUACAGCAGCUCUUGAAGAAGAUGCCCAGAUCCUGAAAGUUAUUGAGGCGUACUGCACCAGCGCCAAAACCAGGCAGACACUGAACUCCACCUGGCAGGGCACUGACCUGAUGCACAACCACGUGCUGGCCGACAUGGACCGGUCCUGUGUGGACUCGCCGGGCCGCCGUAGCAGCGUGUCACGGCCAGAAUUGACCUCUGACCUUUCGGAGGACUCUGACUAUGAUUCUAUCUGGACGACCCACAGUUACAGGAUGGGCUCAGUGCCGCGACCACGAAGGGAGACAGGGCUGCAUGUGAUCAUCCCCGGUGAGGAGAAGGUCCUUGUGGAGGAUCCCAGUCGCAACGGACAAAGUACAGUGGAAGAAAAGAGCCUGGUGGAUGUGGUGUACGCCCUGAGGGAUGAGGUUCAGGAGCUAAAACAGGAUAAUAAGAAGAUGAAGAGGUCACUGGAGGAGGAGCAAAGAGCACGGAAGGAUCUAGAAAAGGUUGUGAGGAGGAUUUUAAAGAGCAUGAAUGACCCAACAUGGGAUGAGACCAACCUGUGAGGCUCUUGGGCAUCGUCUCCAUCUGAAACUUUGAAAAGAGAGCGUGUAUAUGUGAGGACUUGCUCGUACUGUGUGUGUGAAAUGCAAACGUUCACAUACAUAUUUGAGGCUGGUUGUGUGAGUUAGAGCAAGAGUGCCUCUGUAAGCAGGUAAUUGUGUACUUGCUUCAGAUGGAUGCGUGUUUGUUUUGCUCUUAAGAGGGAUGUCAUUACUGCCCCUUUUUGUAAGACAGGAAUCACUGGGACGUAAUGCUGAACAGCCUCGACCAUCUAUUCCACGAUAACAAUCCCUGAGCAUCGGGUAAGAAGGUGAGGAAAUCACACACUUCCAUCACUUAAACAUCCAUCAUCAGCAUCUUUGGCCAUGUUCCGCAUGGCUGGAAGACAACUGGGGAGAGAUCCUCUCCCUCUGCAAUCAUUUCACAGGACGCAUUACACAAAUGGUACAUUAAUGGUGUUAAUGGUCGCAAGGGCCUUGGACAAGUCUGAACUUGAACCAUGCCAUUUCAUAACCUCUGAAUUUAUUUAAUUUUUUUAUGAAUUAAUUUUUGUUGGGUCUCCUUCCCUGACACAGGCAGGGAAAGGGACCCAACUCUAAGGAAACUUGUCUUCUCUGUUUCUCUGUAUUGUUUGACCACUUUGCGGUUUGACUUUAUUUUCUGGGCAUCUUAAGGAAAUUGUAAAGAUAUUAACUGGUACUGUAUAAUGUAAAUACUGCUAAAAGAUGAGCCUUUGUCCUUUGGGAGAAAUA